AUUUAACAAGCCAAGUUCGCCAAAUUUUUUAAAAUUCGACCAUCUUCAUAUCGCAUCAUUCUUUUUCAAUUCAAUUCGCUCGUCAAUUUCGAUCCGUUUCUGGUAAUCAAAAUUUAACCAUGGACUCUGAUGUCAUCGUGAUUGGAGCGGGAAUUAGUGGCUUAGCUGCAACAAAAUGGCUUACUGAGGCUGGUGUAAGCGCCAUUUUGUUGGAAGCGCGAGAUCGAGUUGGUGGAAGAUUAUUGACUAAGUUUGAUCCUAAAGUGAAUUAUGUGGACAUUGGUGGUGCUUAUGUCGGGCCAACUCAAGAUCGUUUGCUUCGAAUGGCUAAAGAGUUCGGAAUAGAAAAUUAUAAAGUUAACGAAAUUGAAGAUUUGUUGCAUUACAAAAAUGGAACAAGAAUUCGUUUUCGACCAAAUGCAGAUCCUAAACGUUUCAACCCUUUUGUUAAUAUGGACAUUAACAAUAUUUUUUAUCUAAUGGACAAAAUGGGCGAAGAAAUACCAGCAGAAGCUCCAUGGAAUGCACCGCAUGCAGAUGAAUGGGACACCAUGACUUAUAAAGAAUUCCUAGCACAAAACUGUUGGACAAAUGGAGCUUAUGAAUUUUUUAACCACUUUAUCAACAUUAACAUAACAACUAGCGCCUAUGAAUCUUCUUUACUUGGUUUCUUGUGGUAUGUAAAACAAUGUGGCGGAACUAAACGGAUAUUUUCAACCACCAAUGGUGGACAGGAAAGAAAAUUUAAAGGGGGGACUCAACAAAUAUGCAUUAAGAUGGCUGAGCAACUGGAAGAUCGUGUUGUUGUGAAUAGUCCCGUCGUAGGAAUAAAUCAAGAGUCAAAAGAUGUCGUAUUAGUCAAGACACUUAAUGGAAAAGAAUAUAAGACAAAAUACGUAAUCCUGGCUUUGCCACCAUUGCUACAAAUGAAGAUUCAUUAUACACCACAGUUGCCGGCAUUGAGGAAUCAGUUGAAUCAAAGAGCACCCAUGGGAACUGUUAUGAAAGUUAUUCUCUACUACCCCAAAACAUUCUGGAGAGAAAAAGGGUAUUGUGGGUCGUUUUUGAUUGAAGGGGGAGAUGAACAUCCGAUGUUUCUUACUUUAGAUGACACAAAGCCAGACGGAUCACAUCCAGCAAUUAUUGGGUUUAUAUUAGCAGACAAAUGUCGCCGUUUGCAUCUUUUAAGUGUAGAAGAGAGAAAAAAUCUUCUCGCUAAAAGUUUGGCUGAAGUUACUGGUUGUAAAGAACUUUUAAAGCCAAUACACUAUGAAGAGAAAAAUUGGAUGGAAGAACAAUAUUCAGGUGGGUGUUACACAGCAAUGUACCCACCAGGAUUUUGGACUCGUUAUGGAAAAGCGAUUCGAGCUCCGGUUGACAGAUUGUAUUAUGCUGGGACUGAGACUGCAAUAAAGUGGUCAGGAUACAUGGAAGGUGGAAUAGAAGCAGGAGAACGAGCAGCUCGUGAAAUUUUACAUAAAAUGGGAAAAAUCACUAGAGAUCAAAUAUGGUUGGAAGAGCCACAAUCUCAAGAUGUUGUGCCUAAGCCCUUUAUACCAACCUUUUCAGAAAAAUACACUCCAUCGGUGCCUGGUUUCUUCAAAUUACUUGCUAUCUCUUCUGUACUGGGAAUAACAGCAUUUAGAUACCUUAACGGCAGAUUUAAUGUAAUGGAGUGUUUGAAAAGACAUUAGAAUUGGAACUGAAUCUUUGAGAUACAUACAAAUAAUGUUUAAAAGUUUAUUUUUCAAAUAAAAUAUUUAAAAAAUA